AUGGAUAACGUUUUCGCACAACUGUGGCUCUAUGUCAUCGAUAACGCCCCAUACCUCUUCUUUAAGGGCGUUCAACUGUUUGUGGCUUGCUCAAAUAAAGGUUUUUCUUCGAGAAAUCCGCAUCAAUUUGGUGGUGCUCCAGCGCCCAAUCAUCGAAUUCACGGCGCUGUGCAUGGUCCGUUGGCUUGAGUUCUUGCGUCAGUUGAACCUUGUACGCAUGCAAGCACGGAUCUUUUGUCAAAAUUGGUUGCAGAAUGGGUCUGAUAAGGUGUAAUUCUUGGCCACGAUGCCGAAUAGAAGUGCCUGGAUUCUCGGCCACAUUUUCCCGCACUGCGAC